GGUGACCUCCACGUGAUUGAGCGUUUUCGAGUCUUCGGAACAGUUCAAGAACGGUCCUUUUUGUUGACAUUUUCCCGGAAGUCUCGUGGAAGUUUCCCGUUCAUUAAUGACCCCUCACGUCAGUACCAGUACACGUAAGAUGUCAUCGCCCAUUCCUUCGCUCCCACAAUUUCGAAGAUCCUCUUUGCACACCUCAAAAUUUAGCAAACAUCUGACGAGUCAUAAUCACCAUCAUCAUGAACUUUCGCUUCCCAAUUGCUUUGCUGUGGCCCUUGAUUGUCCCUCUCACCGUUGCGGCUGAUGUUGUAACAAAGCAAGUGGAUGGCUCUUCCUUCACACCCCGUGAUCUCCAGGAUCCCGGCGAUUUUGAUACCGUCGUCAUUGGAAGUGAUUCGCAGACGAUCACGGUUACCAUCGACAAGACUGCUGUGAGCGGGUUGGUAACCUACGGAGAGAAGUAUGUGAUUAUCACUCCAUCAGUGUCAGGUUCCGACACUAGAGUUACUUGCACCGCGACCCUUGCGUCUAGCUUGGUCAACAUGCAAUUCUUUCUCCGCAAAUUUCUCCAACCUGACGAAGACCAGAAUGGCAAUGCGCAAGAUUACGACUGUGCUGCCAACGGCGACAAUAACUUUGUUGAACCCGAUGUCGAAUCGUGCUCUGUCACAAACUUUCCAGAUAUUGGACGGGACAUGAUUUUCGGUUAUGUUGCCGUCCUGGACAGCAGUCUCGCCCAGGGAGCCACCUACUCCAUCAACUUUGUUUGCAAUAAAGUCGAGCCCGGGGGUUCCGCUUGCUUUUCAAAAGACAGCACGGUCGACGUUCUCGACAAGGGGUCGACUCCGAUGAAGGACCUUGCCAAUGGUGACACAAUCCUUGUGGGUGGAGGGUCGUAUGAACCAAUCUACUCGUUUGCCCACCUGGACAAGACAAAAUCCGCAACAUUCCUACAGGUCCAUACCAAUGACCAGGAAGACGCCCCUCUUGAAGUUACAGAAGAACACUUGGUACAUGCCAAUGGCAAGUACGUUCCAGCCGGAGAGCUUCAAAUUGGAGAUAUUCUCACUGCCGCCAACAGCAACGAAAAACGAAUCAUUACCAAGCUCGAAAGUAUUGUCAAGACCGGCUUGUAUGCCCCUCUCACGGCUUCUGGAACUCUGAUUGUCAAUGAUGUCACUGCAUCGGCCUAUGUAUCCCUGCAAGGUAGCUCUGUGUCAGGAGGCAACCUGCUUCUUGGUCAUGGCAAAAUCAACAGUGAGAUAUCGUAUCACUUUAUCAGUCACUUGGCGUUGAGCCCGAUUCGAAUGGCAUGCAUGGGGGUAUCUUCCAGCUUUUGCAGCAUGCCCAAUGACGAGGAGGACAAGAGCCAACACGACGGGUAUGCUCCUUUUGUUCGAAUUUGGUUCGAUCUGGUACAGUUGUUCGAAAGCCAAACAUCUACCGCAGUGCAAAUCUUUCUUUUGGCAGCUUUCUUGGGUGUCGUUUCUCCCUUGUAUCUGAUCGAGUCUGUCUUUGGCGCUGCGUUGGCUCCCUCUGCUAUUUUCAUUGUCAUGACUUUUAUUUCCCUUGCUGCCAAUAAACGGCAGACCAGCAAUGAUACCGUCCGAAAGGUCAAGACUGUCUGAGCCCGAUCAGCCAGUGAGACCUCGUAAGUGUACGAUGUACGUCUUUUGGCUACAAGCUACUCAAGAUAGCAUAUUAGAUAAUACAAAUAGCAAUCCAUCAAGUCAAUC